AUGGGCCAAAAUGGCUCGCUGAUAGACUGGGUGCUCACGCGCCUGAGAGGAUACCCUCGUCCCGCAUUAGAGCGCAUGCGGUUAAGUCAUAGAAGUACUCCAGACAAUGGUUUGAUGAUUCAAUUCUUCACUUGGGACAGCAAGCAUCCCAACAUGAGUUGGUGGCAGCACUUCGAGACUGAAGUCCCGAGGCUGGCCGACCUCGGCGUCACUCAAGUCUGGCUUCCGCCGCCCAACAAGGCAAUGAAUGAGACAGGCCAAGGCUACGAUGCCUAUGACCUGUGGGACUUAGGUGAAUUCGACCAGAAGGGCGUCGUUUCUACCAGAUGGGGUACCAAAGAGCAGCUCGUGCAUGCCAUUGAGAUAGCGAAGGCCCACGGCAUUGACGUCCUGAUCGAUGCCAUUCUGAAUCACAAGAUAGGCGCGGACAGAACAGAGACAUUUGAAGCAGUGCCCGUGGAUCCUCAGAACCGUCUCAGAGACUUGACGCCUCCGAGGGAGAUCGAGGGCUGGACUGCGUUUGAUUUCCCUGGGAGGAACAAUCAUUAUAGUACGUUCAAAUGGACACAAGAGCACUUCACUGGCUUGGAUUGGGAUCACAAGAAACGGCUCAAGGGGGUCUAUCGUAUCGUCGGUGGAUCACACAAGGGCUGGUCCAAGUUCGUCGACAGUGAACUUGGCAACUAUGACUACCUACUCGGAGCCGAUAUUGACCAUCAUCAUCCGGAUGUUCGACAAGAUCUCUUCGCAUGGGGAGAAUGGGUGCUUAAGACGACCGGCGGUGCGGGAUUCCGCUUAGAUGCCAUCAAGCACAUAGAUCGAUACUUCCUACUUGACUUCCUCAAGCAUGUACGAAGAGCGACGGGGAGGGAAGAUGUUUUCGUGGUUGCGGAGUACUGGUCUGCAAACGUGAAGCUAAUCAAGCCCUAUAUCUACGUUUUCCAAGGGCUGGUGACGUUCUUUGACGUUCCGCUGCACCACAAUUUCUAUCGAGCGAGCAAGGCUGGUGCACGAUACGAUUUGAGGACCAUAUUCAACGAUACCGUUGUGAAGUUUAGACCUGGAGAUGCUAUUACAUUCGUCGACAAUCACGAGUGUCAAAUCGGUCAAAGUCUGGAGAGUUGGGUCGGUGCCAACUUCAAGAUUGUGGCCUACGCUCUAAUCCUUCUCCGCGGUGAAGGUCACCCAUGUGUUUUCUACGGCGAUCUCUAUCCCAAUGAAGAGUGCUACGACGCUCGUGUUGCGAAUGCCCUGCAAGUGUUCAUGAAGGCACGAAAGCUGUAUGCCUACGGCGAUCGCACCGACUACUUCCAUUCGCGGAACUGCAUAGGCUUCGUACGUUCCGGUGACGCUCAACAUGGAGGGUGCGCGGUCCUCGUCAGCAAUGCCGAUCAAGGCCAUGGUGCCCAGGGUGUGAUUCACAGUGUACGGAUGAACGUCGGAACGAACGUCGGGCCCAGCACGUUCAACUCGAUGAUUGGCACCGGGAGCGUUGAUGUGUCUGCGGACGGAUGGGGCACCUUCACCUGCCUUCCCGGGGCGGUGCAAGUCUGGGUAAAGAACGAUUUUGCACCCUAGGUUGUUCUCUGGUCCACUGCGCCACAUCUCAUUGCUCUUCUGUCGUUUCUGCUUAUCUCAGGAUGGAUGGUAUAUCAGUACUCAAUACAUAAUCUAAUGCUGGACCCGCU